UCUGCUGAAACAAUGUUUUCAGAGCAUAUACCACUUGGCUCUUCACUUUCCCCCACUGUUCCUCCUACUUCAUGGCCUUCACCUUCUGGCCGAUUCGCAUAAUCGCAUUUGGCUUCUGCAAGCAAGGCUACAAUGGCUUCAAAGUUGGAAUUCUGUUGUUCAACGGGAACAAUUAUACAAUCGUCUGGACUGCAAAUUGUAACGACCCUCUUGUCUCCUCAAAUGCAGGGCUUGUUCUAGCCAAAAAUGGUGAGCUUCUUCUGCAAACAAGUCCAGGGCAAAAGGAGGUUAUUAUUGCUGAUAGUAACAAUGGAACUGUUUACUUCGCUUCCAUGCUUGAUUCUGGAAACUUUGUUCUGCAAAACAAAAAUUCCAACAUCCUCUGGCAGAGUUUCGAUUACCCAACUGAUACUAUGUUAGGGGGUCAAUUGUUGUCUAGUUCAUUAGACACCAACCAAUCUUCUGGAAGGUUCGAGCUUUGGAUGCAAGGUGACGGAAACCUUGUUCUUUAUCCACGAUAUUCUGAUCACACAUCUUUGGAUGCUUACUGGGCAUCAGGUACUGAUAAAGGCACCAGUUUCAAAUAUUAUCUUUUCAUCAACUGCUCAGAUCCUCAGCUUCUGGUUCUGAUAUGGAUAAGAGCAGAUGGAAAGACUCAGCAAGGAGUAGUGGGACUACUAUAAUAGCACUUUUGAGUUCUGUUAAUAAAUUUUUUUUAUUGCAUAUAAUAUUAAGUUUAUAAGUUGCCAAAGAAAUUCAUACAUAUACUGUGUUGCACUUGUGUGAUUAUGUGUGCAUCUUUGCCUUGUGGUAGGAAAUAAUAUGGAAUUUGUGUGAAAUGUGGCAAGGAGGGCUAAGAUACUAAUACAAGUGUAUGAUUAUAUAUUUUGAGUUGGUGAAUAUGUGAAAUUUGGCCAAGAACAUGACAUUGUGUAUUUAUGUGGUGAAAAAGGACG